AUGGCGGCGGAGGGAGAGGAUCCGCUGGGCUACUUCGCGGCCUACGGCAGCUCCAGCUCCGACUCGGAGGCCGACGAAGCCUCGGCCGAGGAGCGGCAGACGGGAGCCGGCGCGGCGGCGGGGAGCAGCCCCGGAAGCCGGCCGAAGCUGCCGCCGCCGGACGAGCUCUUCCGAAAGGUGUCCCAGCCGCCCGCCUUCCUCUACAACCCGCUCAACAAGCAGAUCGACUGGGAGAGCCGCGUCCUGCGGGCGCCCGAGGAGCCGCCCAAGGAGUUUAAGGCGUGGAAGACGAACGCCGUGCCGCCGCCGGAGGUGUACAGCCCGCCCGAGAAGAAGCCUCCGCCGGCCCCCGCCGUCGACAUGGCCAUCAAGUGGUCCAACAUCUACGAGGACAACGGCGACGACGCGCCGCGGCCCGCCGGCAGAGCCAGGUUCCUGCCGGAGGAGGAGGAGGAGCAGGCGGUGUCAGAUGAUGAAAAAGAUGAUGAACCAGCUUAUGCUAAGAAACGGAAACUAGACUCCCGGGAGAAGACAAAGAGGAAGAAGGUAUAAACAGAAUACGCUUGGUUUUAGUGUGAUGAGAAUUUAAAUGAACUUGGAUUCCUCUGGAAUGUGGAACAAAUACAUGUUUACUGAAUUUCUCUCUCCUGUUGGGUAGGGAAUUUUAUUUCAGCAGUAUGCUUGCCUUUUGGAAAGCACAAAACUUCAUGGACAGUGUUGUGGUAGAAACUCAUCUGCUAAACAAAGUUUAAACCUGUUAAUUUAAAGAGGUGUCUUAAAACGUUGUGAUGGAGACUUCUGCUCAUGGGUACAGGAUUCACUGGUAUUUUGUUUAUCAAGAAACCUGGUAGCGUGAGCUUUUCUUGACUGAUUUUUUCCAUUGUGUCAAAGCCUUUUAUAAAGGAGCAUAUACUAAAGAUUCUUUAAGUAUUGUACUGUGAUUUGUUUGAAUGAUGCUGUUUUGAAAUUUAUGUAAAGAUAGUCACUGGAAUAAAACUACAUUUUGAAACAUCUGUGAUAUAAAUGUUGCACUGCAUGCCUGUUGAGUGGGUGCAAUUAAUUCUGUACUGUAUGCAUUUCGGUGCUGUAUUUCUGAAGACUCAACAAUCCUCAGGGUUUUGAUUGUAAUAAAUACACAACUGCAAAC